AUGGAGAAUGUCAAAGAUAUUCAAUUACUUGAAAAAGUGGACAAUAAUGUCUCCAAUGACUCUGAAACCAUUGAAACAAACAACAAGGUUAGAAAAGCUGACUCCCAAAAUGAUACCAAAAAGAAUAAGAGAAGUAGGACAGAGAACGAACCAAGAGUACCUCGUUUAGAUGAAAAUGGGAACCCUAUUCCUGUAUCAGAAAGAAGACCAAAGAAAAAAGUCGCUUGUAUGAUUGGUUAUUGUGGAACAGGCUAUAAUGGUUUACAAAUUCAGAAUUUACCUGGAGUUAAAACCAUUGAAAAUGAUGUAUUUCAAGCUUUUAUUAAAGCUGGUGCUGUUUCACCAGAAAAUGCCGAUGAUUUAAAGAAAAAUGGGUUCAUGAGAGCUGCCAGAACUGAUAAAGGAGUUCAUGCUGCUGGUAAUGUCCUUUCAUGUAAAUUAAUCAUUGAAGAUGAAGAUAUCUUGGAAAAAAUCAAUAGUCAUUUACCUGACCAAGUUAGAGUUUGGGGUAUUGAAAGAACUAAUAAAUCGUUCGAUUGUAGGAAAAUGUGUUCUUCAAGAAUUUAUGAAUAUUUGUUACCAACUUAUAGUUUCUUACCCCCAAAACCAACCUCAUUCUUAGCUGAACAAUUAGCUAAAGAAAAGGCUUUAAAACCUGAUUUUUAUAAAGAUGAUGUUGAAGGUGAAAAAUGGUGGGAAGAAACUUUUAAAUUACAAGAAGAAAUUAAACAAACUAAUGAAUUCGAAGGUGACGAAGAUAAAGAAGAUAAAAUCAAUAAACUAGUUAGAAAAUUGGAAAAUGAAAGAAGAAGAAAUUACAAGGUAACAAAAGAAAAACUUGAAAGUUUCAGAUCAGCUUUAAAAUCUUAUGAAGGAUCUCAUAACUUCCAUAAUUAUACUGUGGGUAAAAGUUUCAAAGAUUCAAGUUCAAGAAGAUAUAUGAAAUACACUACAGUUUCAGAUCCAUUUGUUAUCAAUGGUACUGAAUGGGUAUCAAUCAAAAUCCAUGGACAAUCAUUCAUGUUACAUCAAAUUAGAAAAAUGAUUGCAAUGGCUGCAUAUAUUGUAAGAACUGGAUGUCCAGAAUCCAGAAUUACGGAAACUUUUUCAUCAACUAAAAUUAACAUUCCAAAAGCUCCUGCUUUAGGUUUAUUAUUGGAAAAUCCAGUUUAUGAAGGUUAUAAUCCAAUGUUGGAAAAAUUCGGUUAUAAUAAAAUAGAUUUUACUAAAUAUUCUAAGGAAAUGGAUGAGUUUAAGAUGAAAUAUAUUUAUGAUAAAAUUUAUGAUGAAGAGUUAAAAGAUAAUUCAUUCUAUGGAUUUUUCGGAUUUGUUGAUACCUUGAAAACCUCAGAGAAUGAAAAUGUCUUCAAAUUCUUAAAUGCUAGUUUUUCUUUGGGUCAAAUUGAUAAGAUUAAACCUGGUGAAAUUAAAUUCGAUAAUGUUGAUUAG